AAGAGGAAGGCAAGGACUAGCACAGCUCUUGAUUUUUGAAAAUGCUUAGAGGUGGCUCUUCUCCAAGGCCUGGCCCUAUACAGGCUCUGUCAGAUGGUGAUGCUCUGAGAUGUGGGAAUGACACCGAGGAGAGCCGGGUGUGUGCCGGGGAGCAGGAGCAGAAGAGGUGGCUUUUCCCAGCGCCCUGGUGCUGGAGCCUUGGCUCGUGCUCACUUCCAACGCUGGCUCUGGUGACACCGGGACGGAGCUCGCAUGGGGUCGGUGCUGGGCUGGGCUCCAGGAGAUCACAAAGCUCGGACCCUGCGGCAUCAGGGGCCCUUUUCUUCAAAGAAAAUGCAUCUUGGAGGCCAGCUGUGAAAACCUCGGCUCUGUCUCCACAAACACAUCCCCAGCAGCGGUGUGGGGUCAUGUAAGGAGGAGAGGAGAGGGGAUCAUGUCCAUUUUGCUGGGUAGGAAGCAACUGGGCAGCAGGUGUUUGCAAGCUCCCUUUGCUUCUGUCUUAGAUGACCAAAAAAAAAGUUUCUUCAGUCCCCCUCUGCAAAUCAUCAGCAAUAUCAGUCCAGUCCCAUGCAAAACAAAGUUUGCAGCUUUUCCAAGCUUUCCUCCAUCAAAAAACUUCUUCCUGCCAACCCUCAUCAGCGGCCACUGUCUGAAGCGAUGGGAGACAACAAACCCUGGCAAAAGGGUCAGGGAGAAAGGUUUGUGCAGCUCCCGAAGGGUGAGGACAACGUGCAGGGAAUUGUUCUGGGGCUGCUGAAACACGUGCGCAUCCCAGGAUGGGGACAGCUGGCUGGGUGCUGUUAAAUCGCUUCCCUUUCUCAGCCACCUUGAGGCAUUUGGAGAAGCUGGGGGCAGCGGCAGCACGAUGAUGAGGGGCUGGAUCCGUCCCUUUGUGGUGUUUGGUUGGGGUUUUUUCCAAAAAACCAUCAUGCUAGUGGGAACCUGGGGCCGGCGGCUCGGGCUGCACCCCCGUACUGGGGCUGUUGUGCACGGUGGGGAGGGACUCACUGCCAGAAAUGCUCCUUGAGAAGCUUUAGAUCACUGUAACCACCAUAGCCAUGCUCUGGAAGGUGGGAUUUUAUUGCAGGGGUUCUCCAUGGCAUUGCACAGGAGGAUCUCGCCCUCUGCCAAAGGCCAGGAGGACCAGCAGAGGGCUGGAGGCAGCAGGGCCGGGCUCCACCGGCUCUGCAAGGCCAGCAUUGGGUGCUGGGGCUGAGGGGGUGAGGGUGGGAUGAGCUGUCUGCAGCAGGGUGCAGGAAAAAGCGCUGGGGAUGGCGCCCCGGAUGGGUUUCUCCAAGCAGCUGGGAGUCCGUGAGCUCUCGCACAUGCCUUAUUAUUCCUGCUGGGUGACUUCCAACUGUUUGUUCGGAUUUCACGUCUGGUCUCAGAGCAGUAUUGUUGGGAUGCUUUUGUCUGGCUCAUCCCACUUCAAUGCUGUCCCGGAGCGUCUCCCCACAACACAGAGGCCACUGAACGCCUCCUCCCUUCUUCAGAAACCAUGUGCACAGUGGCUGUUGGGUUUCUAGGAAGCUACCACGUCCUUUCUCCUCCGGCUUCUCAUCACCGUUGGCGCAGGCUGGAGCCCGUCCAGGGGCUCGUGCUCAGCUAUUCUCCUACCGGCAGCUUCACGAGCAGGUUCCAAAGGCUGCAGAGCACAGGAAGGUGAACACAGUCACACUUGCAGAAGCCCCCUGGGAGCUCGUGCACCCAGUUUCAGGACAGCAGAGAGGCCAGGAAGCGUUCAGAGAGUCCCAGGAAAACAGCUGGAAGCAUCCCAGGAAAAGUGCCAGCGUGCAUCGCCCCGGCAGGCGUGCCGCUCUCGCUGCCGCUUACCUCCGUCUCCCUUGUGAUUUCCCUCUCUCUGUUUUUUUGUUUUUUUGUUUUUUGUUUUUUUUUCCCUGAGUGCUCAGAGCUUUAAAUAGCAGCGGUGGAGCAGACGCCGUGCCAGGCAGCAGCUGGCGAGGAGCUCCCUACCGAUAGUCAAGCCACGGCCGUGCGCUCCCUGGGUGUCCCUGGCACCCGGCCACCCGCAGCACUGCAGCGUCGGCGGAGCUGCCAGGGGAGCCAGCAAGGAGACGGGUGGCACCCUGUGGCCUCGAGCCACUUGUCACCCACCUCCCUGUCCCCUCCCUGGUCAAGAUUACGUAGGGUGGGAAAGCUUGGUGGGCACCGAGCAUCCACGCUUGGCCUUCACCCCUUGUGGUGUCCAGGAGAAGCACGGCUGAUGUUCACGGGUUCUGGAGGAGGUGCAGGGUUUUGGUCCUGUGCCUGCAUGGCACCGAGCAGGACAGCCGGGGACGCUUCACGCCGACACCCUCCCGAGAAGCUUGCAGCAGUAUGAGCAACGCCACAAGAAGGGGAGAGCCCUGGGAAUGACCAGGCAGUAAAGUCACUCCGAGUGGCAAUCUCCCGCAGCUGUGCUGGAGAGCCCUCCUAGGGGGCCGUGCUGCCGCUGGGAUUUGUUCCGGAAAUGUUCAUGUAACAGAAACCGCUUUUUAAUUGCUGCUGGUGGCAUCGUUACAGAGCUCUGGGGGAGAUGGGGCGUGCUCUGGGGAAGCAGAGAGGGGACCAAGCAAGGAGAGGAGCUGAGGCAACCAGAAAGCCACUUAGUGCUUCAAGCAGCGCAGUUACUCUUGCAAAUUGCAAGGCUGGGUUUGCACUCGUGACCCCUUUGGAGGGGUGAUGCUCCCAAGAGAGAGUCCCCAGAGCCUGCAACUUCCCUGAGCUUCGUGAGCACAACCGUGAGGCUGUGGACGCACGGAAUCAGAGGCCAGUAUCAAACAUCUGGGCCUCAUAUCUCAGUUUACCGCAGCCUCGUUCAGAGCGAUGUUCAUGGCACGUUAAGUCGUUUGGCGUCCUCAUCCCCCCUCGGAGCAGAAGAUGCUUUCCUGCGGAAGAAAAGUGUGUCCCUCUUCGAUUCGCAGCCCCGUGCAGUGUGCACCCCGCAUCCAGCUUGGUCUUUGCAUCCUUUUGGCUGUGAGGAGGCACAGAAAAGCAGGCUGCAUUGGUUUCGGCAGCGUGUGAAAGCAUUUUCCCACCGCUCUCCGUUGAAAAGCAUGAUUUAAUUAACAUUUUUAUAUGUUUAUUAUUUAAGAGAGCACAUGCUGCUGGUUUGGGGAUGUUUUUUUUUCGGUUUUCCCCAACUCAUGCUCGUUGUGAAACAGUUGAGUCAUGCUCCAUAUAGACAGGAGGGAAGGGGCAGAUGGAGCGUGGGACGGACAGGGAGCACCAACCAUCCCCACCUGGCAGGGCAUGGGGCUGUGGGGCUGUUGUCCACGCACAGAAAAAGUCAGGAAGAGCCUAAAAUCCCCCCCUGCUAAUCCACGCUAGCUCUCGAGCAGAGCAAAAGCUGAAUUUCUUGUGGUUACGCCACAGGUGCAAGCAGGAUGCGUGCCUGGGCUUCCUCCUGUUGGAGCACCUUCGCUUAGGGUUUAUGGCUUUGAAGCCGCUGCCUCCUGACAUCCAUAAAAGAAUUGUUGGGAACCACUUGCCUUCAAAGGGAGGCCACCAAAAGCAGCGAGAGAAGCCAAGUUUAUGCCGAGGACGUGUCUGCAGUGGUCAGGAUUGGGCCAUCCAGGGGCAGCCUUAAAGCCCGCUCCUCUCUGCCAGCCUCUGCCCGGGGAGGUUGGUGGUUGCAGGCAGCAAGGCUCUGUGUGCAUUGCUGUCGUGUAACCGGGCCAGGGACUGGUUGUUUGCUGUGUUGCGGCCUGGCUUUAAAAAAAUAAAAAAAAAUAAAAAAAAUUAAAAAAGCCGAGCCAUUUUUAGUCGCAGCCCUUUAAGCAUAGGCUUACCCUCACACCCGUGCUGGAGGCUCCCCCACGCCAGCGCUGGAGACUUUGCUCAUCGCAAAAAAGUAAACAUGUGCUCUAGGGCUCUGAAAACAGAUAAAAAAUAUCCCGCCCUGAAGGAGAAGGAUAAACAUUGCUAAAAUGUUAUCGUUUGUGCAACUGCGCUCUGGGUGCUGGAUGUGGCCACAACCCCAAGAGCUUCUUCUCUUGCACGGGAAAGUGCCUGGGAGCUUUGCUGGGACCAGCUGGAGCAGCAAGGAGAUUUGUUUAGCAUCCUCUGCCCUUAUCAGCAUAAACAGAGCCCCCGUCUUCUGGGGGGGUGACCGGGGCGUUGACCAGACAGCUGCUGGUCCUCAUCUCGGGGACAAUUGCAAGAUUACGGAGGAACUGCACGGGCUGAGACGGCAGCUCUUAAUUCCCCGACUUUUUGAAUCUCCAGCCGUCGCCGAGGAGAAUGCAGCCCUCCCCUCCGGCCGGCUUAUAAUGAGCCAAGAAAUUCAUAUUUCAUGGGAGGUGGAAGUGAGUCCCGGCAGUAGCGGAGCGGCGGAGGGGUGCCAAGGUCUGGGCUGAAAGGAUGUAUCAGAGCCCCGCUGCCACCCGGGACCCCACACCACCCUGUCCCCAUCCCCGUGCCCGGCCCUGCAGGACCGUGCCAUGACGGGCGGGCAGGAGCCAGCAGCAGGACGGGCAAGCGGGGCUGCGUAGCCCCCCUCCCCGGCUACCAUGACCGGAGAGACCCAGCAUGUUUACACCAUCAGCGACGCUGAGGCCGGCCCCAAAGAGCAGGACAAGGACUUUGGCUUCGAAGGCUGCGGCGAGAAGGAUGGCAGGGCGCUCGGCGGCGGCUCGCAGCCCUGCACGCCCAGCGGGGGCGAGGGGACGUCCCCCUUCCCCGCCACCAAGGACAAGGAGCCCCACAGCCAGCGGGAAGCCGUGAUCCGGCCGCAGCAGGCGGGCAAGAUCGACUUCAAGUCCCUCCACAACAAGCCCAAGUUCGCGGGCGAGAGCGGCUGGGGUGGCAUCAAGGGCAGCCCCCAGUCCCCCCCGGGGAAGGGCAGAGCCCGCGAGCGCAGCCGGCGGGCAGGGAAGGGCGAGCGGGGCCAGCACCAGCUCUACCGGCUCAGCAUCGCCAGCGCCCGCCCCAGCCCCACCAUCGGCAUCGCCUACCCCCAGCAAAAAGUGACCCCCCCAAAGGCGCCCGAAGCCAGCCGGGCUCCCGCGGCCGGCAGCUACCGCUUCCACGUGCCCGGCGUCCCCGAGGAGGAAGAGCUGAGCUUCGGCCGCUGCUUUCCCGAGGCCGCCGCCGGCCGUACCUCCACCAACUAUACCUCACCACCCGCCGGCCCCCCGCGCCCGCCCCACGGCCCCAAAGGGCAGCCCCCCGCCGGCAUCCCCCUCAAGAGCCCCGGCAGCAAUGGGCAGCUACAUUACUUAGAGUUUCAGGCGAACGGGGCGACCUCGUGGCCCUCUCCGGAGAAGAGCUUUGCAGGUGCUAGCUACGGGGUCAAGCCCAGCUCUUUCCCCGAGGGCAGCAAGGCGGGCGGCCACGCUCUGGGCGCUUUGCCCUUCCAGUUCCCCUUCCAGCUGCUGCACGACUCGGGGAAGGAGCCGUACCGCGGCGAUGCCGAGUACCUGGAUGUGGCCCUCGCCGCCGGCCAGGCGGCUCACGGCGCCUUCGGCUUCCACACGUCCCCCCGAGAGUGGCAGGAGGAGGUGCCAGGCAUCGGCUCUUUCGAGGGCGCGUGCCCCCCAGGCCGGCUGUACGGCGUGCCCACCCCGCUCCUGGCCCCGCCGCCCGCCCCGCACCGCGGCCCUCUGCCGUGCUACAAGGGCAGGAGCGAGCAUCCCGCCGACCCCAGCGGUGCUCUCUCGUCCUCUGGUGCUAUCGACCAAAACCCAAGCACUUUCCAAGAAAACCAAGCUGUUUUUCCGUCUAGUUUACACUCGCCUAGUGUGCCAAAGCCAGUUGGUAAGGGGCAAGCCUCAGCCAAAGACAGUGUGCCCAGCCCGCGGCUGCUGCUCCCGAGCAGCCCUCUCAGAAGGAAUAUGCCACCAAACUCCCUCUCCCAAGUGCACUUUCAGAGCAAAGCCUAUUGCAGCUCCCCCGCGGGCAGCGCGAGCGCAGGACCUGUGCCUUUCGAGACAAGCGUUCCCACUACGGCGCCCACCCACCCCCGGCUCGUGCAAGCCUGGGAGGGCGCCGCGAAGGCGUUUUCUCCCAUGGACCAGAACUCAGCACCUUAUUCAAACCCUGUUGGAAGCCAGUUCUCAUUCGAGUGCCAGCCUGGCCCCGAGCAGAGGCAGCACAGGCAGAAAAAUGCCAGGAUGCCUUGGCAGCAAAUACACCUCACUUCUGCGGUGCCCGGCCAGAACAGGAUCGAGUUGUCGAGGCAGAUGAGCAGCCAGAAGCUCCCUUUCCCCCUCGGCACGCCGGAGUGGCCGGGCAGCGGCAAAGCCCACAAAGGCCCCCCCCUAAGCAGCUCCCCAGGGUAUCACAGCAAAAAGCUCCUGUCGGGAGAGAGCCUCGGGGUGCAGCAUGGGGACCCUGGCUUGACAGGCGCUUUUUCUUUUGAAAAUGGCAAGGACCCGGCCUCUCCCGCCUGCGACUCGAGAAGCAAAGCCCUCUUCUACAGCAUGGGCCAGGCAGGGCCACCUCCUCCUCCCUCCAGGAGCUCGUCGGGCUCAGCGUUGGUCCUGCCGCCGUCAGCCUUGGUGGCUGCCUCGCCCUGCGAGUCCCCGCUGCCAUCCCCUGUCCCCAACCCCACCUGCGGCAGCACCUGCUCCUCGCUCUCCCCCAUGUCCAGCAGCCCGCUCAACCCCAGCUUCGAAGACGGCCAGCUGUCCGGGGCGCUCACCCCCUCGCCCUUCUUCCACCACCCCUGCCAUCCCAAGGAGGGCGGCAAAACCUUCCACCCCUCCGAGGUGCUGACCUCGGGCUCGCUCCACUACCACCCCCAGGACUCCAUCAAGCCCUUCCACUUCCCUCCUGACACCCUGAAGGACGACCACCUCCUGAAAUGCUCCCCAGAGAGCCCGUUCCACAAACCUGGCGCGGAGGUGGCCAAAAGCUGCCUGGAUGGCUUGGACGGGGAGCCGCCGCCGCCGCCGUACGCGUCCCAUCACCUGCUGGCCGGCUCACUCAGCAGCGCCAGCCUGGACCAGCUGGACGUGCUGCUGACCUGCAAGCAGUGCGACCAGAACUACAGCAACCUGGCCUCCUUCCUGGAGCACCGCCAGUUCUGCGCAUCCCACCCUGCGCCCCACGCCGAGGCCAAGGAAGCCCCCCGGGCAGCCGAGGGGCGGCGAGGGCUGCCUCCCGAGCCCCCCAAGCCCCCCGCCACCAGCGGGGCCAGCCUGCCGCUGUCUCCAGACCCCCAGGCACAUUUGCUGGCGCUGAACAAGGGCGAGGAGUUUCUGCUGGAUGGGGAAAGCAAGAGCGACGGCAAGGAGGAUGCUCUGAAGGGUGGCCUCUUCAACGGCCUCGCCGCCAGCUCCUUGCCUCUCACGGCCUCUGACCUGGACAUUGACGACGCCAAGCUGGACAGCCUGAUCACCGAAGCCCUCAACGGCCUGGGCUACCAGUCGGACAACCCAGAGAUCGACAGCAGCUUCAUAGACGUGUUUGCCGACGAGGAGCUGACGGGCAUGAAGGCCGCCGGCAGCGGGGCGUCCCACAAGGCGAAGGAAGGCCUGGCCUCGGAGAGCAAACCCAGGCACGCAGCAGCGGAGGAGAAGGAAGGUUACUGUUAUGAGGACAGCCACCCAGGGGGGGAGAGGGCGAAGAGACGAGCAGGAAAGCAGCACGGACACAAGGGGAGGGUGGCACGGAGGCUGGUGGCCCGCGAGGCCGAGCGGACAGAGCCGGCAGCGGAGGAGAGGACGGCCAGGCUGCGGGUGGGCAGGAAGAACAGUGUCCCACCGGUGUCCUCCAGGUCAGCCUCUGGCCAAAAGCAGCCAAAGAAACUCAACCAGGAGCCUCAGACAAAAAGCGAGGCCGGGCCGGGCGCUGCCACCAAGAGCUCCAAGCCACCUCGGUUCUCCAUGAAGGAGGGGAAGAAGCGGAAACCCCGGAGCGGGACGUGGAGCAAGGAGCUCAUCCACAAGAUCGUGCAGCAGAAGAACAAGCUCCACCAGCUGCACGCGAAGAGCAGCAAGCAGGCGCAGCUCCCCCUGCACAACGAGAGGCUGGAGACCCCCACCCAGGAGGGCCGGCUCCAGGAGUACGACUACGUCUCCGACUCAGAGGACGAAGGGGCAGCGUGCAGCAAGCUCCGCGGGAGGAGGAAGCGGGGGGCAGCGUUUAUCGGGAGAGCCAAAUACAGCUUCAGCAAGAAACGCCCGGGAAGAGGCGAGAGAGCCAAAGAGAAAGAUCCAGCCUGGAGCUACAGCCGGAGAAGAGACCGUCAGAAAAGGGAGGCACCGGGGCACAGGAGGGUCGCCAGUCCGGAGGCUGCCAAGAAGGGGGAUUGUGCCAGCAGAGCCCGCAGGAGGAGCAGCCAGUCGUCUAUGGGCAGCAAUCCCAGUGCGAGUGUGGCCACCGAGGCCGGUCCCACCGAUCUGGUGGGGGAGAAUGCAGCCGUACUGGGGAGGAGGCGCUCGGGCAGCCCAGCACGGACACCACGGGCUGCACUCGGCCAUCCCAAGGACAGGAGCCCGAAGAAGAGCCAGAAAAGCAAGGAGAACUUCUCCCGGGGAACCAGACAGGUUGGCUCAGCCAAACCUUUGCUAGCAGGCCCCAGGUCCCAUUCAAGUACUGAACCUGAUGCUUCUGCAGGGGACGAUGUAAAGGAGGAGCCACUACCGCCAAGCCAGGAGGGGCAGCUCCCCAGCACGGCCACCUCGGGCAGGAGCCCCAUCAGGCUUCCCCAUAAGAAGGAGGCAGAAGAGCCAAAAGGAGCAGCAAACCAGGCAGGAGAAGGCAGCCCAGAGGCUCAGGACUCGGUGGGGCUGGUGAUGGUUGGCCAGAGGCAGCAGUUUGCCCCCUACACGGGUGACACAGUGAAGUACCACGUGGAAGAGCUGAUGGCUCCAUCCCGGAGCGAGCCCAGCCCCAGCAGUGCCACCGCUGCCUUCUCGGGAGCGAGCAGCAAGUACGGGAAGGCACAGGGGCUCACUGAUGGUGGGAAGGGCUUUGCCACACCGGCUGCCCCGUUUGGGGGCGAUGCGGUGGGGAUGAUGCUGGCUGCCAAGGCGCCCGAUCCGUACGUCAGCAGUGACAACGCCUUUUUCGAUCCCAAAGGUCUUCCUGCUCACUAUGAUGCCAACCUCUUCUCAAAGCCCCCAGCCUUGGGGUCCUCACACAUGGAUGACAUGUACUUGUGCCGGGAGGACAUCAGCACCGGCUCCUUUGAGCAGAAGCACGCCAGCAUCUCCCCCUACACUGCAGAAACCCCACAGACCAAGGUCUCCUCCCCUCUCAGCUUUGAUUCCUCCUCGAUUUUUGGAGAGCUUCCUGUGACUGAGUUCGAUUCACCACUGUACGAGAGCGUGUCUGCUGGCAAGGAUGGCUAUGUGGCAGCGUUUGCCUGCCCCAGCAGUGCCCCCAGCAAGCCGCUGCCCUUUGAGCAGCCGUACCCACCAUUCAUGCCGGAGAAGGACUGGUCCCUGAUGGAGGAGGUGGCUCCAAUGCUGCCAGAAGACAUGGCUCACUUCCACGGCCUGGCGGUGGACAAGCCACUCGCCAAGAAAUUCCCCGAGGAGGCACCCGUGCCCCCUGCCCAGCUGUCUCUGCCACUGCCGGACAGGAUAACGGAUUACAACGUGGCUUUUAUGAACAACAUGUCCGACGACGAGCUGGAGAUCAAGUGGCUAGUGACGGAACUGGAGAGCCAGCUGCAGACCAGCAAGCUGAGCGGCGAGGCUCCCGCCGCCCCGCCAAAGGGAGAGCAUCACGCUGCUGCACCCCUGCGGGGACCAGCAGCCGAACCUUUCCCACUCCUGCCUGCUGACCAGGGGACGGGCCACCAGAAGGGGCUGUUCAUGGCAGAUGACCUGGGCAGCUCGAGCCUCCUGGCCACCAAAGUCUGUGCCGGGGAGAGCCUGGGGGGUGAGAAGCCGGUGGUCGCAGGUGCCCGUGGUGGCUACGAGGGAGGCAGGGAGCCCUGGCAUGGACCCGCAGCAGCGUUUGGCUCGCUGGAUGCUGGGAUGUGCACGCCAGCCCCCUCGGAUGGGUUUUGCCCCAAAGACAGCAGGGAGCAGCUGCAGGGAGUUGCAGUCACCGAGGGAAGUAGCCCCAGAAAGAUGGAAAAUGAGUCUUCCUCCAAUAGCCCACCCAACUCCUGUGCGCCAGACCCAGCUGAGGUGCCCAUCUACAGAGACCCCCCUGCAAAAAGCCCUCCUGCUGUCACCAAUGCCAGGAUGGUGGAGGCAACCGAAGCCAACAAGGACACCCUGCCAUCCCUGCCAUGCAAACACGGUGCAGAGAGCUUCCCUGUGCCAGGGAAACCAGGUGAGCGCUUUGGUGAUGCUGCAGAGCUGGAGAAGUUCAACGCCCAUCUUCCAAACCAUAAACCUGAGCUCGGCUUCCGGCCUGGUCCGGCCACAGCCAUGGACCUUGCCUUUUCACCUCACGUCAAAGAGGUCCCGGAUGCAGAAGAAAGACCCUUCGGCAAGUCCAAGGAACCCCAAAUGGUGAAAAAUGUCGUGGACUUCAAGGGGGAUGGCGGUGGAUCUGCGUUACUGGAAGAAGCAGAGGAGAGGAAGAGCCCCACAGCCUUGCCGGCCCCCGGGCACGGCGACAAAGCCAGCAAGCACAAAGCUCUGCUCUUCCACAUGCUGAGCCUGCCCAAGGAGAGCAGCUGCAGCUCCCAGAGGACAUCAGCCACCCAGGAUGCCAACCCCCUGCAGCAGCUCCAGCUCUUCGUGGCACGGACGGUGAAGAGCAACGAAGAGGAGCUGUUGAUGCCCUGCUUCCCCGUGCUGCUGGCCCCCGGCCACCCCCCUGCCACCAGCAAGGGCCAGCCAGAGCAGAAAGAGGAGAGUGGUGAUGGUGAAAGUCAGGCGUAUCGCCCUGCCCCAGGGGAAGGGGAUGUCCCCGUCAUGGGCAAUGCAGAAAGCAUCGCUGCCCCAGCUAAAGAGGCUGUGCCAUUCCCCAGUGCCUGCAGGCAACUGGAGCCGUUCAGUGCAAUGGGCUCCUACGGUGCAAGACUAUCCACGUUUGCUGGCCCGGAGCUGCAAAAUAAUGUGGCGGAGCUGCAGCACUUAGCAAAUGAAGAUGAGGAGCCAAAUGACAUUAAUAUCCGUGCAGAUGGUGCUUCCCAAGAGCAAAAUGACCUCUCGCCACUCAAAAACACAGCGGUGACCCCACCGCCAGGGCAAGGAAAGAAAGCUGAUCAGCUCGUGGAAGAGCAGGAGCAUAAAGAUAAAAACAAAGCGGCCUUGGCAUUUAAAACACAUGAGCAAUCCCAUUUAAGCUGUGGUUUGAUGGAGAAAGAAACGCUGGGCAGUGCAACAUCAGCGGGGCUGGGAACAAAUGAGGCUGAACGCAGAGCGUGGUGCCGGGGAGCUGACCGAGACGUGCAGGCACCAGGAUCUGUGGGCACAGGCAGUGCCCCCACCAGCCCCACCAGCAUACUCAGUCCCUCCAACGAGCCCCACAUGCGUCCCCGUUUGUUGCAGGACACAAAAGUAAAUGCAAAGGUUCCCAGAGAAGGAAAUGGUAAGAAAAAGUCCCUCAACGGCUGUCAUUAUGCAAGUGAAUCUCUGGCCAGCCUGCCCUCGCCGAUGGGUUUUUCUCACCCCAAAUACUUGCAGAGUGGUGGGACCGAGGGAGGAGAAUCCCCCAGCUUCAGCAGUCAGCUCUCGGAAGAAAAUAAAUUCAGCACGUCCCCACUGAAUGCCUCAAGCUCAUUCCUCGCGGCGAGAUUUCCUCCUGAGGCCGAUGGCAAUCACACCCACCACCCCACCCCAAGCCUAACAGAGCAAGGGACAUGGAACAGGACCCCUGCUUUUCCUUCCCCCCUGCAUCACUGUGGGGCCACGCCGACAGAGGCAGGUGGGGACGGUCACCACCGCUCCCCUGAAGGUGUUUUGGGGAGCUACGGACCGCCUGAAAGAGAAGGGAUGGCAAGAGCCUGCGCUCCUCUGCGCGCUGAUGCCCUAGUGGGCUCUGCUGUGGAUGGUGCCCAGGAGCCAUGCAGGAAGGAUGGUUCGCCUCCCUGCUCGCCUUUCAGCCACAAAGGGGGUGGGAAGGAGGGACCCGAAACCGCCGGUGCCGUGCUGCCAGGAUCUCAUUUUAGAGAAAACCAAGCGUGCGCUGUCACCGACAUGGUCAUUAACUCCAUUCCUCCAGAAACCCAAAAUUACCCAACCCAACCCACGACAGAUCUUCUGCUGUUCACAGAAAGAGAGGUGAACCUAAAUCAGGAGAAAAAGCUUGAGAACUGCUGUGAUGAUGGAAAUAAGUAUCAGAAUGAACCAGAGGCUUUGUCCAAUGGUUUUGUUGUUCAGCAGGUGCCAGCUGCUGUCUGUAGAGGGCUUAAAAGGACGGGAGAUCUUGGUCCUGAUGAAUCAAAUGGCCACCAGCCUUCAGAGGCAGCAGAGGUGAGAACUGGUGAUCUUUCCAAAACCACAGAGAUCGGAGAAAAGAGUUUAGAAGGGGAGAAACCCAGGAACCACAGGGCUGAGCACAGUGGAGAAGCUGUGAGUUGCGUGUUAAAUAACAUGGGCCAAGGAGAGGGCAACACACGUCACAGCACUCCAAGCCCUUCCCAAAAUGAAAUGCAGAAAGAAAAGAAGCCCAACGGGGUCCAGGUCACCUGCGACAUUUGUUCAGCCUCCUUCCGCUCCAAGCCCGGCCUGACCCGGCACAAAGCUGUCAAGCACCAGGUGAAGCCCGGCAAGACUUCCAGGUCCACCUUAAUUCCUGCGGAUGAGACAUCGAGGGCAGCCCAGAAGGUCUCCAGAAGGAGCCUGAAGGCUGUCAAAGAGAAAACCUGCAGCUCCCAGGUGCCACCCGCUGCUGAACAAGCGUCCAAGAAAAUAUGCACAGGCCUGGAGAAGGAGCCCAGCACGCAGAUGCAGGAGGUGGUGAGCAGAGUGCUCAGCGACCUCAGCGUGAUAUCCCUCGAGGUGUCCCAGGAGCUGCACCGCACACGUGUUGCGCACAGGGAGGUGAAGGCCAAAGGGCAGCACGCAGAGACAGGGGCAGGCGAGAUGGCAGCGGGGACGCCGGACCCAGGCAGGCAAGGCAGGAAGGGAGAGAAGGGCAGGAGGAGCCAAAGCAAAGAUCCCGGAGGGGUAAACGGCAAUUCUGAGAAGAAGCUGAACAGGAAAGUGAGGCGAAGGAAAGCAAAGGCAUUUCCCAACAGACAUGAGCCCGAUGGUCCGCGUGAGCUGGGGAAGAAUUCAGGUCCUGCCCCUGCUGCCCUCAGCCCCAGCCUGCCCACUGUCACGGAGGGCCUGCAUGAGCCAGGCAGGUGCAUUUCAACAGAGGAACCCAACUCAUCCCCUCCAAAAGUGAAGCAGUCCCCGUGCGCAGCCGAGCUCGCAGAGGACCCAGGCGACGGGAUGGUGCCUUCAGAGGAGGUCAUGAAGGAGCCAGUACCGGGCACAGCUCCCUGUCCCGAGGGGAAGAAAGAUCCAAGUGAAGCAGAAAGCACACAGGCUUGCAGAGCGUGGGUUAGCGGGUUUGUGAAGCAAGUGGAGGAGGGACUGGGUGACGUAGGCGAGGAGCAGCACUGCGGUGCCGAUGGCACGGAGGAGAUGGAGGCUGAGACAGGAGGUAGUUCGGGAGGCAGCGGCGCUGGGAAAUGGAGCGGUGUCCCAGGGGGUCUCACAUCACCUUCGCCAGGGGUACCACCGGUGGACACAAAUGAUUUGGAAACCCCCCAAAAGGCUCCCACGCAUGGGGCUCUGCAGCCCCCACCGGUGGCCAGCCCUGCUCCCACGGAGCCGAAGCGCUGGGCGAAGGCAGAGCUGCCGCCGAGCAGGGAGCACCACGGGGACAAUGCGGCCACCUCCGACCUCCAGGGCUUGUUUGACGACGAUCCCACGUUCUCCCAGCUGUUCCCCCGGGACGACCAGCUCAUCCGGAGGAAGUGCACGCGGGUGUAUGGGAAGCGCAGCAAGAAGCCCAAGCCUGUCACUGAGGUGAGCCUCCGGCCGGCGGGUGCCAUCGACCUCUUCUCCAUCCGACUGGCGUCCGACCUCAGCGACACCGGCUCCUUCUGUGUCACCAGGGAGGACCCCUGCGAGUAUGAAACCAUCUCCGUCGACGACGCCUUGAUGCUGAACAUGUGUCACGGCAGCAAGGCGAAGAGUGGGGAAGCAGGUCCCGGUGGAUCCACAAGCACAGCACUGCGGUCAGACGGCGAGAAGGCCAGCCCUGGGAGAGAUGUCACUGACCUGGAGGACAACGUGCUAACUUUCUUGUGCCAGAACAGCCACAUGGACAACGGCCCCAGCUUGAGCAUCUGGGCGGGUCUGGAGAAGGAGAGAGAGAGCCUGUCCACUGAGGAGAUGUUUGAGGCUUCGGUGGGCCUGGAGAAUGAGCACUCGCUCGGAGAAACGAGCUCCGAACCCCCCGACCUGGCAGAGGAGCCCUACGACGGCAAGAGCAGCGAGGAUUCAGACUCCCCCGAAUUCCACACGAUCGACAUCGAGAUGCUGAAUGCCAAGCUGAAAAUGAGGGACAUGUGCUUCUUCGGUUCUUGCGAAGAGCUUCCUGGCAGCAGGGACGAUGAUGCUUCAAGCUUCAAGCCAAAGCCGGGGCAGCACAGCAAGCACGGCAGAAGUAAGCUAGAAGAUGGGAAGCUGGGUAAAAACCGCGGCGACAUCACCGUCAAGGCCAAGGACAAGCAGUACAAGUGCAAAGUCUGCUUCCAGUGGUUCCUGACGUUGGGGGAGCUGGACUUCCACAAGCUCACCCACAACCCCUCCCCGCCGCCCACCUGCUACAUGUGCGUCCAGCGCAAGUUCAGCUCCCGGGAGCAGCUGAGGGACCACCUGAAGGAGAAGCACGCCAAGAACAAGGCCGGCCUGUGGGCCUGCGGGAUGUGCCUGAAGGAGAUUUCCGAUGUCUGGAUGUACAACGAGCACCUCCGCGAGCACGCCACCCAGUUCGCUCGCAAGGGGCAAGCGCAGAAGUCCGUGAUGGGCCUGCCGGCCUGCUUCAGUGAGGACAACGAUGCCGUCACCCAAUUCCUCAACACCAUCAUGUGUCGGAAGCCCAGCAGGUCCUCCCGGCACGCCGAGCCCAGCAGCAAGCACACACCUAGCAGGGAGAGCAGGAGCCCCAGGGAGCUGCCUCCGGAGCAGGAGGCCAAGGCAGUGAAAGAGCCUUCAGAGAGCAGCGUCAAGGUGAAGCCUCCUGCACCCAGCUCCUCCAAAGCAUCUGCCAGUCCGUCUCCGGAGCACCCAGCAAAAAGCGAAGGCACCCCGAAAUCUGUCCCCAUGCACCCAGACUGCAAGGAUCCUUCCAGGGACUGUCAUCACUGCGGCAAGCAGUUUCCCAAGCCCUUCAAGCUGCAGCGGCACUUAGUGGUGCACAGUCUGCAGAAGAUUUACCUGUGCCACAAGUGCCCGAUGUUCUACCAGGAGACCAAAGAGCUUCGAAACCACCUCAGCCAGGAGCACGGGAUAGUGGAGGAGCAGGAGAUCAAGCACACCACGCUGUACGCCUGCGAGCUCUGCGCGGACGUCAUGCACGUUAUCAAGAAGUCCUUCAUCUGCAGCAUGUGCAACUACACCUUCUCCAAGAAAGAGCAGUACGACCGGCACAUGGAGAAGCACCUUGCGGGCAGCAACAGGACUUUCAAAUUCAGAGGGGUCAUGAGGCCCGGCGCUGCCUCCAGGGAGGGCAGGGAGAAGGUGAGGGAGGACGGCGUGCCACCGAGCAAGAAGAGGAAGGUUGCUCCCCACGGCACCUCGCCAGUCCGCCUGGCCCACGCUGGUGACCUGCAGCUGGUGGAGGCUGCGAGCCCCAGCCUCCAGCCUCCUUCUGACCCCUUCCCUGUAGCACCCCGGGACCAGGCGGCACCUCUGCCCCAACCCCCCGUGAAAACCGAAGACCUGGUGGGUGACUUCUCCGACCUCCUGGCGGAGAUGGAGAAAUCCCAGUUUGACACCCUGCCGCCUCCACCCUGCCUCUCCCCGUCUUUGCCGCAGGCUGCGGCCAGCGGUGCCGAGCUCGGCCACAUCGCUGCCCUCUCCAUUGAGGAGCUGGAGAAAGGAGCGUUUGAUGGGAAACCACUUCCUUUCCUGGACUCGCCCGGGUUUAGCAUGGACCUUGCUGGAUUAGCGUGCAACCAAGCCACAGACCAAAAGCUGUCUCCUCCACACCUCACCGAGAAAUGCGGCUACGCCGAUGCCCAUAAAAGAACAAGUGUAAGCAACAAAGACGAAUAUACAGCGGGGGGGUUGGGAAACCCUGAUGCAGCCACCGAUGCCGUGGAUGGGAUCCCAUUUCUCCAGCUUGCCAAGAAGGUCUCGGAGCUUCCUUCCCAAGGGGCAGAGGCUCCACCGGCCAAGGAGACCCACAGGACGCAGUGGGGCACCCCCAGUGCCAGCGAGGCCUCUUCUUGGGAAGGCGCAUCCAAAGCCACUUCUCCGGAGGCUGCCCAACAGCCCCUGCCCCUGAAGGACAAGACAGCAUCACCUGCACUGAAUAGGGCUGCCAAAGAUUCAGCCCCGCAGAAGAAAACCACAGGGAACCAGUCUGGUGGUGAGGCUGCUCCCGAGGAGGGCCAGCAAGGUGGUGCGGUGAAGGACAAAUCAGUGCCUGAUGCCAGCACCAAGGAGAGCAGCGCUGGCACCAGGGACCACGGUGGCAACCCAAGCAGAUCCUCCGGCCACCAGCUCCGAGGAGAUUCUGCCGGCCACGCGGGCAAGCUUCACCCCAAGAGGAGGAAAGAGCACAAGUCCCUGAGCCACCGGGGCAGCGCCGGCUCCCGGGAGAACAUGGAGGGAGACGGGAAGAAGAAGAAAGGCCGGGCGCCGGGCCCGGGCAGGAGCGAGAGCAGCGGCGAGCUGAAGCGCGCCGACUGGAGCAUCGCCGAAACUCCUGCCCUGUCCCCGGGGAGGAGGGAUGCUCACGGCAACAGGCUGCUGCCCAGGCCCAAGAUGGGCACCCAACUGAAGAAGGUGGUCCUGGACACUUGCAACCAGAAGAAAGGGGAGCUGCGGCACGCCAACGGCGACGUGCGGCGCAGGAAGGCCAUUCUGGGGAAGAGCCUGCACCAGGUGCUGGCCAAGGGCACGGCGCCGGCCCCGCGCGGCUCCUUGCACGGCCCGCGCCCCGCGCGCGGCACCAAGCCCACCGGCUCGGCCAGCUACCGCACCGCCGAGUCCCAGAACAACCUGCUCAGCCAACUCUUCGGGCAGAAAUUAACCAGCUUUAAGAUUCCUUUAAGAAGAGAUACUUCAGAGUAAUUUAUGGAAGUGACUUACAGUGAUCCGCAGCUGCUUUCACGGGGUUUGCAAGGGGAAAAUUAUCAAAGCAUUAAAUUCGUUUGUGUAGCAUGAUUUUUCUGUCUAGCUUAAAUGAACUUGCACUGCAGCCUCUGUGAAAUAGUUUGCUUUGUGUCUACUAAUCUACUUUAAUUCACCUGAUUUAUCAUGCAAAUGCUAGAACUUUGAUGUUGCUGAUGAUUUUCAUGAACUGAAAUUGUAAUCGCUUUGGGCAGACUGAAUCGUCAAGAGCAAAUGCUUUAUUGCAGAAGUGCUGAGGUUAUAAGGAUACUUGCAAAUCUCAGACCCUUUUGAGACUGUGUCUGUGUUAUCUUUGUACAAAGUACUUGAAGAGAUGAACUUCAUUCCGUAGACGUCUUAUUCAUAAGGUGCAGUACACUGUAGAAAGCAAAUUUUUUUUUUUGAAGAUUUUGCACAAAUAAUCCCGUACAAUUCAUUUAAUUGGGAGCUGGCCUAAGAGAUGAUACAAUUAAAAAAUAAUAAUAAAAAUUAAAUUAAGCAUCAAGUGUCCCAUAUUUUGACAGCCAUCCCUAAGAAUUUGUUUCUACGUCGUCAGGAGAAUACCGAAGCAGCCGGCGGGCUGUCCGAGCGCUGCCGCCGUCGCUGCCAUCCUUUGACCACUGUAGGUGAUGUGCACGGAGGAGAGCUGCCACCGCUAGCAAACUGCACCUUGACACUUGUGACAAACUCUUGUUUUUUAGUUGUGUUUUUUUUUUUUUGGGGGGGGGGUGUUUUUUUUGUUGUUGUUUUUGUUCGUGUGGGGUUGUUUAUUUUAUUUUUUUUUUGCGCAACGACAAAACUGUGCCAACUUACCGCACCGCAACGGUACUGUCCGAGUGCCCUCAACGGUAUAACUUCUAAAACUAUCUUACUGUAUUGAGUUAGUGGCUAUAUAGGUAUCCGCUUUUUACUAUGCAGUUACUGGUGCUAUUCUUAUUUUGUAAUGUGAAUACAGACUUCCUUGAUCGAAAAUAAAUAAAUAAAUAAAUAAAUAAAAGGGAACCGUUAGGAAGUAGCCGUUACCUGUAAGAGAAAACAAAGCAGGAAAAUCAAAGGUUAGGGAAAAUCCUGUAUGCUGGUACUCCGUAGUGUCGCGAAGGUUACGUCACGCCGGACAAGCACGUUAUACAACCGAACUUCUGAACCGGAAAGUAAUCUCAGGUGCAAACGAGGACAUGGAAGAUAACUAAAUACUAUUGAAAUACUCCCAAGUCAAGGAGGUGAAGUAAUGCACUGAUGUGAUAUGAACAGUCAGAGUACUUUGCGUCUGUCCUGCAAUUUUUUUUUGUUUUGUUUUGUUUCAGAUUUAAAAGGAAAAAAAAAAAAAGAGGCUUUAUUCUGUUAAUAUGUACCUUUACGAUUCUUUGUAUUGUAUAAAAAUAUUGUAGGUAAUUUACCUUGGGUGCAAUGUGUUAUGUCAAAAGUUUUUAUUUUGAUAUUUUGUCAGAGAAGCAGAGAGAGAGCAGGAAACGCCAUUUUAUGAUGUUGUAUGUGUGCUUUUAAAGUGCCUCUUUAAUAUUGUUAAAUAAAGUAUGAGAUGAAAAUAUGGGGUGGUACUGUAAAAUCAUACAUGAUUAAUCUUUUCAAAUAUAUUCCAAUAUUUUCACAGAAAUUCCCUGUCUUGUGUGGCGUUUGUGGGCUCCUUCUCCCCGGCUGUGCUGGCAGAGCCUGACCCCGGCCCCGCAGCCCUGUUCUUGGCCCCUUUCCUGACCCGACCAUGAUGCUGCCAGUGCAGCAGGCGGACGCUUUGCACAUUUUUGUGGUGUCCCGUGGGAAGAGGAGGGCUUGGUGCCCCCGCCAUCAGAUUGCAAUAAUCUGCAGAGAUGCAACUGGAAGCGUGAAUCUCCAAGCAGCUCUGCAGCAGGGCCCUCAGCUGCAGCUUGGAUUUUAAAGCUCUUCCCAACAGCACACGCUGCAGGUGCGCGCUCCGUCUGUCAUUUAUUUAGCCCCAGCAGAAACUCGUUCCCAUUUUCCAUCGCCCAUGGACAUGACCUCACGGUGCCCGUCCCCAGCGCCCUCACACCCUGGUCGCCACCACGGGGACAUCUGCACCGUGGCCAGCAGACCCCGCUGACAUUUCCCUUCCUCCUAUACAAGCACCCCAUUGCAUUUCACACCUCGGCUGUGAUACAGCCCCGUGGGUGCCUUAUCCGGGGGGGGCCCAGCUUGGUCAGCCCCAAUUUGUCCUCGAGCUGACCUCUGCCGCGCCACGCUGAGGUCUGGAGGUAGGAGGCUGACACAAAGCCGGGCAUAUUAUAUUCUUUAAUUACUGUUGCAAUCAUAACAUUUAAACGCUGUCAAUGAGAGAUAGCUCAUAACCGCGGGCUAGAAUCCUUGCCACUUGGGGCUUGUAACUAAAACUGCAGGAUUAAUUUGAUUAAUUGAUAGAAUUAUUUUCCAAACUACUCUUUUGUUUAUGGAGGCUUAAAAUGCUUGCCGCCUGCACCCUCCUGGUGUGUUGCAGAGUGGAGAUAAAGCGGCUGAAAAUAAUUAGUAUGGCUUAAUUUAGGGAAAAAAAUAACCUCAAAAGAAUUUUGCAGAAAAUUUAAAGCAGCACAUUUUACUUUGUUUUGGCAGGAAAUAUUAUGGAGUUGGAAAUGGGACUUUUAUGUUUUCUCUCUCCUAUAUUUCACCAGGGCUGCAGCCCUACCGGGGAGAGGAGUAUUUCACUCCGGUUUGCUGCUGCAGCUCUCCCACACCCCCAGCUCCAUAACGUGGGCACCUGGAGGACAAAAUCCCACCGGGAGUAACAGGUUUGCGGUGGGCAGGGUGCGGGGAUGCCAUUUGGAAGCAGCCCCAACCUUCCCCCUGCAUGCCCUGAGCAAUGCCCACCCCAGGCACCGCUCCCCCCGAACGCUGCCGCAAGCCCCAGCGCCAGCCCAGCAUCCUCCCUGCAGCUCCCCAUGCUGCUAAAGCCACAGCCGGAAUAUUUAAUUCUUCUUUUUGCCUUCCAAGCUGGGAGGUGGAAAAAAAUCCCCCCCGCUUCCAUCAGCUCCUAAAGCCCCAGAGUUUGCUGAGUCUUGCAUUUAUCCGCGCACGUCGCCGUUGACACUUGGAGGACUGCAAGGCCCCCACCAGCGUAAUGCCAGCAAGGAAGGACGAGCCCUGCUGGUCCUCGCUGCUGUGGCUUUUUUCCAGCUGCUGUUUGUUCUUAAAGCCCCCCCAAACCCAGCUGCCCUUUCUUCUAAGCCCCACGCCCAAGUUUCCGAGCUGUAAGUGCUUUAAGCCUCUCCGCCAUGCCGGGCAGAUAAUGGGAUCCACCAUGGUUGUCACGCUGCUAGCAGGGGCUGGAGAUUUUUUGCGUUGCUCUUGAGUCAAAUCUGGCCGUUCCUUGCACAGCAGUAAUUUAAAUCCCGGCCCCCACACUCCUCUUGCAGGGGACACGUGCACCCGCUGCCUCCUGCACCGGCUGAAG